AUGAGGAAGGUGCUCAGUAUUAUGCUAAUGAGAAGUUACAAGCCAAUUAGGAUAACCGCAGGCAAGCUGUACACCCUGAACUUGGAGAACUUCGCCGUAUAUUAUAUACAUCAAUGUCAAAAUGUCAAAAAAGAAAAAAAACUUGGUGGCAAGGGUAAGCUAACUGACACCUUGAUAAAAAAGCUUACAAAAUACUACGGCCUCGCAAUAAUGAGAAAUCCAGAAUCUGUGGAAAAUAUGCAAAGAGAUAUAAUGGCCACAUAUUUGCAUAGUAUAUCGACUGAUAAGAAACCAAGACAUGAAAAUUGUCCUUCUGCUGAAGAUUCUUGGUGUAAAUUUCGACACGCCGAAAGCCUAGGAGUUCCAUACACUCACCCAGAGCCUUUACAUCCAGUUGUAGCUGAAAGUAUAUUACCUAUAUGCAAAGACUUAUCGAGAAAAGAUUUACUUCAAAGAUGUUUAGGCGGUUUCACUCAAAAUGCAAAUGAAAGCUUUAACUCGCUCAUUUGGCGACUAGCACCUAAGCAUCUACAUUGUGGACGAAAGAUUAUCGAAAUCGCGGCCUAUUUAGCAACAACUAUGUUUAAUGAAGGUUACUUGUCAUUGCUAGGAAUCAUGUCAGAAAUUGGCAUUAUAAUUGGAACGACCUGCAGAAAUUUUUCUGAUAAAGUUAAUCAAAAUAGAGUCACUUCUCAGAAUCGUCGAAGUAAAAGCGCUAAUAGGAAAAUCGGUUUGCUGCACAAAGAACAACAAAAUGAACUUUAUGAGGAGGUAGAAGGUCUUCUGUAUAGUCCAGGGAUAGCUGAUUGA